CCUGGAGGAUAGUGGAUGACUGCGGAGGUGCUUUCACGAUGGGAGCGAUAGGAGGUGGCAUUUUCCAAGCUAUCAAGGGGUUCAGAAAUUCCCCAGUGGGUGUAAACCACCGGCUGCGGGGCAGUUUGACAGCUAUUAAAACAAGAGCUCCACAACUGGGAGGUAGCUUUGCUGUUUGGGGAGGUCUCUUCUCCAUGAUUGACUGCAGCAUGGUCAGAAUGAGAGGGAAAGAAGAUCCGUGGAAUUCAAUCACAAGCGGAGCCCUGACUGGAGCCAUAUUAGCUGCGAGAAAUGGACCUGUUGCCAUGGUUGGAUCUGCUGCGAUGGGAGGAAUUCUUCUAGCUUUAAUUGAAGGAGCUGGUAUUCUGUUAACAAGAUUUGCCUCCACGCAGUUUCCAAACGGUAAGGAGCCAUCAGAUUAUG